UUUGUGCAGAAAGCCCCCAUGCACCAAGAUCAGCGGGGCUUCGGACGUGUAUAGCAGAAAUGCUUCCAUCUCAGCUGAUGCAUGCAACUCCUUGGCUCAAGACUUAGCUUUAAACAUGUGAGGCUUUAGGAGUUGUUUGUAUUAUGCAGCUGGUUGGUUGAGCUGGGCCCUUCGGAUGAAAGUGCUUGGAGCUCUUGUUUAUGCAGGAUGGCAGCCGCAGAUCCCAGGUAUGCGCUGACUCUUUUUGAAAACUGGGACUGCAUUGGAGUGCGCACUCCAUUCGCCUGGGACGACGUGCACAAGCAGAUUUUGGAGGGCUUUGGAGGACCUGAUGGCCCGCAAUUUCGAGUACAUGCGGAUUUGCUGGCUUCCUUUGAGCAGGAUUUCGACAGCAGCUUGCAAGAGUGCCCCUUGGGAUCUGUGUACAUUGCAUUGGUGGGCAUGUAUAGCAUGAGGGACGGCCAGAUUGGUGAAUCUCAACAAGACAAGCUGGAAUCGAUUAGAAAGCAAGCCGAGAGGCUCAGCAUCAUGCUGGGACAAUUGCCUAUUUUGAUUAUCGCGGGCUCGCGCUGGCCUGUGCAUGAAGCUUUGCAGCACUUCCGACGCUGGCCACUGCCUUUUCACCAAACUCAUCAGACUUCACCUUUCGGCGAUUGCAAACAGGGUGCUACAAGAAUUGAUUGGCAGCAGUUAUUGGAGGUGUCAGGAAAGUGGAGCGAGCAAGGAAUGCUGGGCUUGGAUCCUGGGGAAGGUUCUUCCGAAUAUACCUCCACUAUCAUUGCCGCUUUGGAAAAGAUUGCUCAAGAUCCUUCAGCUAUCGGGGAUGCUGCACAAGAUGAGUGCACUCUGGGCUUCUUAUUUAUUUGCUUGGUUCAAACAGUUGCAGCUACUGCAAGACAAACCAGCACGCUGGAUGUUUGGGCAGUUGCAGUGGACAGCAUGCUGGGUUACGUGCCCUUUUUCACGAUCUCAAGUUCCCGAUGGCCAAUUUUUCAGGUCCUGGCGAUGCUCUCAAUAUUGUCCAAGGGUCCCGAAUAUGGCCAAGCGCUGCCAGGAUUCCAAUCUGACGUUUACAGAUGGGCAGGUGCUCAUCCAGUUUUCAAAAACUUCAGGGCUUUUGGCGACUUGAGACUGUCACGGGAUGAGAUCCUACCAUUCGGCGCAGACCAGGAGGCCCUCAUGUAUUCGCAGAUGCUCUCCCGCAUGGACGGGUUGCAGUGGCAAGCUGCCCCUGGUAACUGGAGGAUUACAGCCUCAUUGAGACCAGGUUUUAGAAAUGCAUUGGAUGCUGUCAUGCAAGCACUGAGGUCCUCUCUGCAUCCAGGGCAUGUAGAAUGUGGACACUCAGGAAUCUCAAGGGCGGACUGUAUCCAACGUGGAUGCUCGUGGCGAGAUUCUGUGCCGCAAGUACCAAGUUGUCAACGGAAGGUGGCCAAAAGGAAGCUGCUCCUCACAAGCUUUGUUUGGGGACAUGAAUGGUCUCGCAUGAUCCCACGCUUUAUUGCUUGGAUGCACAAGCUCAAGAUGGCGACAGUGUUGGUAUCGAUGGGCAAAUCCUGCCGCGAUGCCUGCACAAUCGCGGCCCAGGCGGUAGGUGGAUUUGGCAGUGGCCUGGUCACUUGCUGGGAUCCUUUCCUGGAAGAAGACUCGAGUGGUCUUGAGAAUGAGCAUGGUUCCAUUUUGCAGCGCCACGCCAUGAUCCACUUAUUGCUGCACUUGGGGGUAGAUGUGCUUGCUUUCGAUUUUGACACCUUCUGGUUUCAAGACGCGCGGGCUUACCUGGAAGAGAUUGCAGAUCACAAGAAGGCAGACGUGCUGAUGACAAAGCACCUUGAUUCAGACUGCCUCAACAUGGGGCUGCUUUACAUCCGCUCUUCUGCUCAGACUGCGAAAUGGUACACGAAGUAUUUUGCAUGGCUUCAUCUCCAUCCCUAUGAAGAUGAGCAGCGUGGGAUGAAUGCGUUGUUGGGCUUUACGAAACAGAAGGUAUCAUUUGCUCCUGAGAUGCCCCAGCUGGUCACUUUCGCGCUUGAUGAUGCCAAUGAGUUCGCGAGUAGCCGUGGUGGAUGGCUUGGAGAUUGGCACAACCUUCGCUUUUUUCAUUGGGUGAACCCUGUUGAAACGACCUCGAUGCUUGGAUUUCAUUCAUUGGAUUGCAGAUGCUGUUGUGUGGCCUUGGCACUGAUCUAGUGGAAUUGGCGAGAUGUGAAACUAGCUGACUUGGAUUCAUUGUACUUGGCAGCGCUUCACUCCAGCACUGAUCUGGCUUCACACGGCUGGGCCCUGGGAGCUGCGAUCCUGGGGGCACCAGACAUGUCCAUUGCCAAGCAGACGCAAACGGUCUUGGAAGAUUUCAAAGUGAGCCAGCAUCCGGAGAGAAGAAGCUGUUGGUGAGGAGAAGCUUGAGCCAGAGCAGUCGAGAACAAGUGAACAAGCUGCUGGUUUAGUGAAGAGGCCAAGCCUUUUAAGUCUAUGGAUUGAAAGGAGUUCCACAAAGAAGGAGUAGCAGGUGGAUAAGUGAGAAGCUGCACCUCCCAAUGCGAUUCGCCCGACGAAAGGAACAAAGGGCAAGGAGUGUGCUGCCAUACGCCUGCUGUCCAGGAACCAGCACAUCAAGUGUGUAAACUUGUGCGCGGUUGUGUCACAAGUUGCGAUGAGAUCGUAGC